UAGUUUCCUAGCAACUCUGCAAACAGUGCCAGCAGAGGACUGAGGAUUACUGAGUGCUGUGUGGACCUCGGUAGAGUUGAGAGAGGCCUGCGUUACUGAAAAGAUCAACGGGCCUGUGCUUUGCUGUGAUUUGGGGGGAAAAAAUGGCAGCAGAAGAAAGUAAUGACUCCAAAAUGGAUAAAAAAACUGAGGCCAUGGAGUUGUCAGUAAGGCAACGAAUGGGGACACUGGGGGAUCCUGUGUCUGGCACUUUUAACCGUAAGGUUGCUCUUGGGAACAUGAAAAAAGCAGAAGAAGUGUCUUUUAACAAUCCUCUGAGACUGACUGGGGCUUCGAAAGGACCAGCCAAAGGCAGUCCACGCUUUGGGAUGCUGAGUCACCAUUCCUUCUUUUCCAGACACAACCCACAUCCCAACAGAGUAACACACAUUCAAGGUCUAAAUGGGAGACCCGUGUGCACAGUAAACGACGACUGGUAUGCUUCAACACCAUUAUCUCCUCACCCCCUCAUUAGAAGCCAGCUUCCUAUGACCGUGUUGGGGGCCCCUGGAAUCAAAAUACCCUUUGGGGAUCUUUAUGGAAAUAACGAUCUGUAUGGAAAUAACACCCAGAAGCAAGGAACAGGUCUGAUCUCCGAAGCCUGGAGGGAGGAACUUAAAGAUCUCGCAGCCCAACUCUCUCUCGCAGCUUCACCUGGGACGGAUGGCAAAAAAGCCCAGGUAGAGGAAGGCCCAGUUCGCAGAGCUACACAAUAUUCUGCACAGACUGGUCGCAUAAUCCCUGCCUCCUCGCUGCCCCCCAGCCGGCGUUCAACCCCAGCCUCCAGGAGACACUCCAGGGCCAGAGGUCAAGUGCCCUCACCAGCGUUCCAUGACCAGGAACUCAUGGUUCUGGAGCUUCUGUGUCAGAUUCUGCAAACAGACUCCCUGUCACAGGUCCAGCAGUGGCUACUGUUAGCGGGCCAGAGAGAGAAAGACCUGGUGAUGCAGAUGAUCCAGCAGGCAGUAGACGUCAGCAGCCUUGACAGCCGACACACAAGUGGAAGCCGGGGAGAGCGGUUCCACACUCAGGGGUCUCCGCUGAUGAGAAGGUCUUUCACCGGACGCAGAUCCAACCAAGGGCAGAAUCAAGAAUCAAUCAAAGAAGACGAGAGGCCAGACCGUAUUGGAACUGCGGAGGUCCUUCAAAUUCACACAGACAAGGCUGACGUUUCGUAAAAAAGUGAAAUUACUGCAGAUCAUAACAAAACUUUGGUUUUAUUUAGAUACGCAAAAUGUUGCUCCUUCAGAUUGCCUGUUGUGUUAACAGUAUUAGAAACUGUCAUUUUAGUUCCUGAUUGUGAUUUGUAAGACAAAGAAAAUUUGUAAGACGCAAGAAAAAUUCAUAUACCCAUGUUGUAAUACUGAAUAUCAAAGACAAUGAUAUAAAAUGUGUAAAAAGAAGCAAUAAACUGUCCUUAACUGA